AUGUUACGACACAUCAGAUUCGUGACUAGGCGUUUCCGAGGGGAAGCACUCGAUGAGAUUUUACAUGAGAAUGGUUGUGUUAAUGUUGAUGGUGAAUUGGAUUUUGUUAGUGGUGGAUGCUUGGAUAUUGUUGAAUAUAACAACACAGUUGUUGAUGAAGAUUCUGAGUUUGAAGAAGUUGAAUACGUUGAUGAAGAUACGGAUGAAGAUGGUGAAUUUGACGGAGGUGAAUACGAUGAUGAAGAUGCGGAUGAAGAUUGUGAGUUUGAUGAAGGUGAAUACCAUGACGAGAGUGGUUUUGGUGAUAUUGGUGGACACAAAUAUUGGAAUACAUGUGGAAGUGAUGGGGAAGGUUUGAGAUGGAGUUCGGAUAUUUUGAAUGAAUCAAUAUUUUCAGAUCAAAUUCCAGACGAAUCACUUGUUGUUGAAGACAUUACAAAGAUCCACAUGUUUAACUUGCAAAAUGAUUAUGUUUCGAAGCUGCAAUUUGAAAGUCUAGAAAUUGCUUACAAAUUUUACUAUUAG